AUGCUUCCGGCACCUCCUCCGUUCUCCCACGGCGACUUCGUCGGCGUUCUCUCCCGCUGCGCCACCCUCGCUCACCUGAAGCAGCUCCAUGCCCACUCCGUCGUCACCGCCCGCGCCGCCACGCAACCCACCACCUUCCACCUCCUCCGUUUCGCAUCCCUCCGCCUCUCCUGCCUCCCCUACGCCCGCCGCCUCUUUGACUCCACGCCCUAUCCCAAUGUCUUCCUCUACUCCGCCAUGCUCUCUGCCUACGCCGCCGCAUCCCCCGCGCAGGCGUACGCCCAGGACGCCCUCGCCCUCUUCCUCCGUAUGCUCCGCCGCGGCCGCUCCGCGCCCAACCAGUUCGUCUACCCGCUGGUCCUCCGCGCCGCCUGCGUCGUCGGCGUACAGCUGGUUAGGUCGAUCCAUUCCCACGCCUACAAGAGCGGGUUCCACGCGCAUGAUGUUGUAAGGACUUCGCUGCUUGAUGGGUACUCGAGGUAUGGCAUGAUGCUGGACGCACGAAAGCUGUUUGGUGGUUUGACCGAGAGGAAUGUGGUCUCCUGGACCGCGCUACUGUCCGGCUACACAAGGGCCGGGAAGGUCGGAGACGCGAUUGCUCUGUUUGAACGGAUGCCCGAGAGGGAUGUGGCUGCGUGGAAUGCGAUGAUCGCUGGCUGCACGCAGAAUGGAUUGUUUCUGGAGGCUCUGGGGAUUUGUAGCAGGAUGGUGGAAGAGGGGUUCCGGCCGAAUGGGACCACAGUUGCUUGUGUGCUGUCUGCAUGUGGGCACCUUGGGAUGCUGAAAAUCGGGAAGGUCAUCCAUGGUUAUGCGUGGAGGAGCUGUGUUGGUUUUGGCUCGUCUGUUGUGAAUGGGUUGAUUGAUAUGUAUGGCAAAUGCGGGACUUUGAAGGGGGCGAGGUGGAUGUUUGAUGAGUUUUCCGACAAGAGUCUGACCACAUGGAAUUGUCUGAUUAAUUGCCUUGCACUACAUGGGCACAGCAAGAGUGCAAUUGCUGUCUUCGGUGAGAUGAGGAACGCAGGAAUUGAACCUGAUGAGGUUACAUUUGUGGGACUGUUAAAUGCGUGCACCCAUGGUGGAUUUGUCGAUGAAGGGCUUAUGUACUUUGAACUCAUGUGCGAUGAGCUGAGAAUUGAGCCAGAGAUUGAGCAUUAUGGGUGUAUCAUUGACCUUCUUGGUCGAGCAGCACGAUUUGAAGAUGUAAUGAAUGUAAUCAAAGAUAUGAAAGUCCAACCAGAUGAGGUCAUUUGGGGGUCACUUCUCAAUGCCUGUAGGGUACACAGACAGCUAGAGCUUGCUGAGUUUGCUAUAAGAAAAUUACUGCAGUUGAACCCGAACAAUGUUAAUUAUGUUGUGAUGCUGGCAAACUUAUACAGUGAAGGUGGAUCCUGGGAACAGGUUACGAAGGUAAGGAAGCUGAUGCAGGAGGAUAUGGGCAAGAAAGUGCCUGGUUGUAGUUGGAUCGAGGUGGAUCGCAAGACACACAUGUUUUACUCUGGUGACGAUACUCAUCCUGUAUCAGAGGAUAUCUGUAACACUCUUGUGGAAUUAGUGGCCUCAAUGGAAAUGUGCCAGGAUUAA